GGGCCCUGGGUGGAAGCCAAGCCAGGCCCAUAAAUAGGGGUCUCCCCAGUGGCCUCUGCGCGUCCCGCUGGCCUGCCUCACUCUGCCUGCACCGCUGGCACCAGGCCCCAGACGCCCGCUCGGGGAGAAUGGCUGCUCUGCACACACUGUGGAUGGCGCUGGUCCUGCUGGGGGCCCUGGGGGGCCUGCAGACCCGGGCCGAGGUCCAGGUCUCCGUGCAGCCCCACUUCCAGCAGGACAAGUUCCUGGGGCGCUGGUUCACCUUGGGCCUCGCCUCCAACUCGAGCUGGUUCCGGGAGAAGAAGGCCGCUCUUUACAUGUGCAAGUCGGUGGUGGCCCCAGCCGCGGAUGGCGGCCUCAACCUCACCAACACCUUCCUCAGGAAAGACCAGUGUGAGACCCGGACUCUGUUGCUGCGGCCAGCGGGUCCCCCAGGCAGCUACAGCUACACCAGUCCCCACUGGGGCAGCAGGCACGACGUGUGGGUGGUGGACACGGACUAUGACGAGUACGCCCUGCUCUGCACCUCUGGCACCAAAGGCCUCGGCCAGGACGUCCACAUGGCCAGUCUCUACAGCCGCACCCAGAGCCCCAGGGCCGAAGUGAAGGAGAAAUUCACUGCCUUCGCCCGGGCCCAGGGCUUCACAGAGGACGCCAUUGUUUUCCUGCCCAGAAACGCAAAAUGCAUAGAGGAGCAGGAAUAGGUGACCCCAGAAUCUCAGGACCUGGCUAUCCUGCUCUGCUCUGUUCUCCUCCAAGACCUCGAGACCCCAGCCCUGCCUCCUCCGGCCACCGCCCCUCAGCUUUCUCCCGUCUCAGAAUAAACUCCAGAAGCAAGUCAGCA